GUCCUGUUGAAACGACGUGACUUCAGCUUAUUCAUCCAUCCAGUUUUGUUUGAAGACGCCGGGGAGUAUCGGUGUGCGAUCACGCUAAAAAAUAACGUGUACAUACGGACCGUCACUCUUAAGGUCCUCCCCCACGACCUGUUUCGCCCUUCUUGGGACUCAUUAAGUGGGCGCGGUCCCCGAGUUUUUGUCAACUUAAUGUUCUACUCCAAACCAAAUUGCACGAAAUUGGCGGAAUACACUCAUUUGCAAACUAUUGCUGUUGACACUGCUGGAGAUUACUUUAAUCGUUUUUUUCAUUAUUUCAAUUAUAUCUAUGUUAUCCAAGUUCCCCCAAAGAUCACGCGAUCACCAGUCCCAUUUCUCAAAGUUGAUGAAGGGGCGAGUCUGGAAAUUACCUGCGCUGCAAAGGGAUAUCCAAACCCUCAAACAAAAUGGUUCGUGAGCAAGAGAUCUCCAAACAUGUUUGCAAGACCAGAUCAACGGAACCAAACAUUUCAAGACUUGAUACCAGUAACAGAAAAGUUUUCUGAUUUUGCCGGGCAGAUUCUUUCUCUAAACGGUACACUUUGGAUCACCAAGUUACACCGCAACAUGAAUGGUUACCUUGUUUGUGUGGCACAGAACGGCGUCCUUCCAGACGACACGACAACGCUAGAGCUGUCAGUAAGAUGGGGCGAGAUGGCCGAAGUCCCCGAAUUUACUGACCGGAAGGUCCGUGGUUUGAGUCCGACCUCCGCCACUAGACUUCCCCUGUCUAGGCUUCGGCAACCUGGCAGUAUCCCAGCCCUCGUGCUUCCUUCGGGUAGCAUGGCAGCUAGGCACCGGGAGGGUGUUGCAGCUGAACGCUUUUUUUAUCCUUCAAAGGCUUCAGACUACGUUACACAGUAA